GGCCAGGAGAAAUCUGGCCACGCCAUCCUCAGCGCUGCUUCCAAUAACCACUAACAUCCCUAAUGGACAUCCGAACCAUGGGCUCUGCUCGGAAAUCGUCUUGGCCAAUUCGGCCCGCCGAGCUCUAGAAGAUUACCGCAUCAUUUUUUCCUAGCGUGGAGAAAGUGGGCCCGGAAAGGGAGGAGGGGGCGGGGACACUCCCCCAAAGAAUAAAUAAAUAAACAAAUAAACUGGCUCCUCGCCGCAGCUGGACGCGGUCGGUUGGGUCCAGGUUGGGUCGGACCCCUAACAGCGGAACCGCCAUCCGCCCUUGCGACCGCUGGAGCUGACUAGUCGGCGGCGGUGGCGGCAGACGGACCGGGAGUUUCUUCUCCCACUGGAUGGAGCUGAACUUUGGGCGGCCAGAAGAGCGCGGUCGUCCGAGGAUCGCUGCAUGCUGAGCUCCCUCGGCGAGACCCAGCGGCGGCUCGGGAUUUUUGGGGGGGCGGGGACCAGCUUCGAGCCGGCACAAUGUUCCUGGCGACCCUCUACUUCGCGCUGCCGCUUCUGGAUUUGCUUCUGUCAGCGGAGGUGAGCGGCGUGGACCGCCUGGACUGCGUGAAAGCCAGCGAUCAGUGUCUGAAAGAACAGAGUUGCAGCACUAAAUACCGCACGCUGAGGCAGUGCGUGGCGGGCAAGGAGACUAACUUCAGUCUGGCAUCCGGCCUGGAGGCAAAGGAUGAGUGCCGCAGCGCUAUGGAGGCCCUGAAGCAGAAGUCACUCUACAACUGCCGCUGCAAGAGGGGCAUGAAGAAGGAGAAGAACUGCCUGCGCAUCUACUGGAGCAUGUACCAGAGCCUGCAGGGAAAUGACCUGCUUGAAGAUUCCCCGUAUGAACCAGUUAACAGCAGAUUGUCAGAUAUAUUCCGGGUGGUCCCAUUCAUAUCAGAUGUUUUUCAGCAAGUGGAGCACAUUCCCAAAGGGAACAACUGCCUGGACGCAGCCAAGGCCUGCAACCUGGACGACACCUGCAAGAAGUACAGGAGCGCCUACAUCACCCCGUGCACCACCAGCAUGUCCAACGAGGUCUGCAACCGCCGCAAGUGCCACAAGGCCCUGCGGCAGUUCUUUGACAAGGUCCCUGCCAAGCACAGCUAUGGAAUGCUGUUCUGCUCCUGCCGGGACAUCGCCUGCACAGAGCGGCGGCGGCAGACCAUCGUGCCUGUGUGUUCCUAUGAGGAGCGGGAGAAGCCCAACUGCUUGAGUUUGCAGGAUUCCUGCAAGACGAAUUACAUCUGUAGAUCUCGCCUUGCAGACUUUUUUACCAACUGCCAGCCGGAGUCAAGGUCUGUCAGCAGCUGUCUGAAGGAGAACUUCGCCGAUUGCCUCCUGGCCUACUCGGGGCUGAUUGGCACAGUCAUGACCCCCAACUACAUAGACUCCAGUAGCCUUAGCGUGGCCCCCUGGUGUGACUGCAGCAACAGCGGGAAUGACCUGGAAGAGUGCUCCAAAUUUCUGAACUUCUUCAAGGACAAUACCUGUCUUAAAAAUGCAAUUCAAGCCUUUGGCAAUGGCUCCGAUGUGACUGUGUGGCAGCCAGCCCUCCCAGUACAGACCACCACUGCCACCACUACCACUGCCUAUCGGGUCAAGAACAAGCCCCUGGGGCCAGCAGGCUCUGAGAACGAAAUCCCUACGCAUGUUUUACCGCCUUGUGCAAAUUUGCAGGCACAGAAGCUGAAAUCCAAUGUUUCGGGAAGUACACAUCUCUGUCUUUCUGAUCGGGAUUACGAAAAGGACGGUCUGGCUGGUCCUUCCAGCCACAUAACCACAAAAUCAAUGGCGGCACCUCCACGCUGCGGUCUGAGCCCACUGCUGGUUCCGGUGGUAACUGCUCUGUCCACCCUAUUAUCUUUAUCUUUGGCAGGAACAUCGUAGCUGCAUUUAAAAAACCAUACGGACAUGUAAAAAGACAAAAACCAAGUUAUCUGUUUCCUGUCCUCUUGUAUAUCUGAAAAUCCAGUUUUAGGAGCUCAGUUGAGAAACAGGUUCAUCCAACUGGAACUUUUUUUUUUCUUUUUUUAAAGAAAGCUUUUUGUGAUCCUUAGGGGCUUCUCUGGACAGUCUGAUGCAGUCCUGCAUCCCACACUCAAAGGCUUUGGGGCAUGCUGUACUUAAAGGGGACAAUUUGUAAAUUUGGCUGUAAAGCCAACUGGGGCCAUGUUUUGAUGAUGAUGGUGGUGGUGGUUUUAAAAGUUUUCACUCUGGCAUUUGCUAGCUAGAGAGGAAGUUGGUCUUUCUAAGGAUUCUCUCACAUCUCAUGUAAUGGCUUUGAUUUCUAAUGACAAAUGGCAACCUAACAUGGAUGACAAGCUUUUUUUUUUUUUUCUGUCACAAAGUGAAGGUCAUCAUCCAGAGUGGGCUUUGUGGAAACAAGCUUGUACCGAUGUUCACCUUUCUGUAUGUACUGGCAUUUUCCACACUAAUGUUUAUGUGCAUAAUCAGUUCUAUGCUCUCCUAUGAAACAAAACACC